GAAGACCACGACAAGUGCGUGAAUAAAGUUUGCGGAAGUGACGUCAUUUUCACACCAAAAAAGGAAGGCUUGAACGUUACCCAUGUUAUUAUUGGAAAUCUAUCUUCAUUUGUAGUCUACACUAUGAAAAUCUUCGCUAAGAACCGAGUAAGCGAAUUAGCGAAAAUAAAAUAUGGAAUUGAAGCAAACCUUACGGAAAUAACUGUAAGGACCAACGGAUCAGUUCCAGGGAAACCAGAAGUGUUUGUUGAGCAACCGGAAACGGCUGUUGUUGUAUCUUGGAAAAUUAAGGACAUGAACGGUAUCCUCAAAGAGUACCACGUGAAAUAUAUAAGAGAGGAUGAUUUGUCAGAAACCCAUACUCUUGCCACUAAGAAAAUGGAAGCGCAGUUUGAUCUAAAGGCGGGAAAGACUUAUGAAUUCCAGGUAUUUGCUAUAAACGACCUUGGUAGGGGUCCUGCUGGUGUGAAGACAUUCACACUUAGAGAAGAACCCGAUGUGACCAUGUAUCUCAAAAUCAUCCAUGGAUUGGUUGGUUCAUUGGUACUUUGCAUUUUGUCUUUUGCAUGUUACAUCAUCUACAACAGAUGGAACCGUCGUAGAAAUGCAAACCGUGAGAAAAUUCCUAAAACAACAGAAACCAGUGUUAUGAUUCAUGAGGACGUCGCAAUGAGUUUUGCAGCUGAACGGCAAAAAGUGGAUCCCUUUAGACUUGGCCGAGAUCAAAUAACAACAGUAAAGGUGCUUGGGAGUGGCAACUUUGGUCAAGUGUCCAAAGCAGUCUAUAAACCUUUAAAUUCCGAAGUGGCUGUUAAGUCAUUGAAAGGCGAUGCCCAAAAGAAAGACUUACAAGACAUGCUGACUGAGUUAGAUCUCAUGAAAACCUUGAGGCCUCAUCCCCAUGUUGUUGAGCUCAUUGGCUGUUGUAUUGAAAAAGAUCCACUCCUCAUAGUGUUGGAGUAUUUGCCAUACGGUGAUCUGUUGGGAUAUUUGCGCAAGAGCAGAGGGAUCGAGGAUACUUAUAACACAGGAGAAAAGAGACCAAGCUCAACACUUACAGAUAAGGAACUCUUGUCCUUUGCAUGGAUGAUCGCUGAUGGUAUGAGCUAUUUGUCAACAAUGAAGAUUGUUCAUCGUGAUUUAGCAGCUCGCAACGUGUUAGUUGGGGACAACAAAGUGUGCAAGAUUUCAGACCUUGGUUUAGCGCGUGGUUUGGAGGGAGAUAUUUACACGAGAAAAACUAAGGCUCGUCUUCCAGCCAAGUGGAUGCCCCCAGAAUCUCUCUUGUACGGCAGAUCUACCACUAUGAGCGACGU